GCGAGAAAUGAUGCCCUCAACCAAGAUGGCGGCCAGCGAGAAGAGGCGUCCGGUCGCCGCCGCCGCGGGGACCGACCAGAACCGUCAGGCCUUGACGGCGAAUGGCGUCGCCGAGAGCGAGGCGGAGUUCCUCCUGCAGUCCGGCGUGACCGACAUGCUGCGAGAGGCUCUCUUGAAAGUGCUCGAAGCCCGGCCGGAGAAACCCGUCGACUUCCUGGCCGGCUAUUUCGAGAAGCUGAUGCAGAGCAGCCCAGAGGCGGCGACGGAGGCCUUGUCGGAUGCCGGGGACCCCCAGCGGCAGCUGUGCCUCGACCGGGCCUUGUGGUAUCUGGGCCUGGCCCACCAUUCCCACAGGACAGCCUUUAACAACAACGUCCACUCAGCCUAUGAAUCUCUCGGCGUGGGUGGGAAGUGCAAGAAGCCCGGGGUCGAUGGGAAGAUCUACAGCGAGCUGCUGAGACUGCUGUGCCAAGACAGGGGCGCGUCUGAAGAAACCGUGCAGCCUCUGCUGCAGAAGGUCUCGUGCCGAGACCACGAGGCAGUGCCCUUUGACAUCUUCCGCUACGGGGCCCUCACCUGUCUGAUCCUUCUAGAGUUCCUGGCCAAGGCCGACAGCCUCUACGAUGCCCUGGAUGGUGCCUCUGGAGAUGCAGACAGAAGGGUCUGCGCAGCCGUCCUGGAAACUCUUGAAGAAGCCCUCCACGGGGCUGAUGUCUCUCCUCCCACCCGAUAUUUGGAGGCCGGAGCCAAGCUCAGGCCGGACUGCUUGGCUGUGGUGAUGGACCGGGCGCUGGCAGAGAGGAAGGCCGGUGUGGCCAUGAAGAAGGCUGAGUUUCUCAAGAGGGCAUCCGCCAUCUUUGUUGCAAAGGUGAAGCCGAUUAACUGAGCCCUGGAGAGGAAGGGUUAGCCGUCUCUGCCUUCCUGGCUGGCAGUUGGCUUUAUCUGCGACGGGGCAGGGGGCCAGCGUGGAAAGGGACGCUGACUCAGUGUUUUCUGGGGGUGCAGGCAAGGGGGACCUCCAGAGGAGAAGAUUCAGUUUGCUCUCCACUGUUGGGUUCAAUAGGGCAGCUCCCAUCUAAGGAUGCCAAAAGGCCGGCCUGCCUCUUGUUACUUGUUUACUUAUUUAUUAUUGGUUUACUAUUAUUUAUUUACUUGUUUACUUAUUGGUUAGAUUUCCUUCAGGAGCUCAAGGCAACAGACUAGCCCUCCCUCCCUCCUAUAUUUCUCUGCAGUUACAACCUGGUGGGGUCGGUUCAGCUGGGCGGGAGAGGCUGUUCCAAAGUCACCCAGGGAGCUUCUGAAGUCUAGGGUGUUCUUUCCUGCAGGGGCUCGCCCCCCCUUCCCACUCUUUAGGCCAGCAAGUGCUUGGGCAAGCGUGGUCCGGGGGCAGUUGAGCCUCCUGUGGGAUGGGGUGGGGCUGUCUGCG